GACGACGGGGGAUUUCGGAAAAGGGGAUCCAGAGGGAAACCCCGCCACCUCGCUGCCGGGUGGGGUGAGGGUUUCUGCAGUUGAGCCCAAGGCACACAAUGGCAUGGAGAGCAGCAGUGCUGCUGGGCGUGGUCCUGGGAGUUGGAGCUGUGCCCACUGAUGAUCCUGAAGAUGGAGGCAAGCACUGGGUGGUGAUUGUCGCAGGCUCAAAUGGCUGGUACAAUUACAGGCACCAGGCAGACGCAUGCCAUGCCUACCAGAUCAUUCACCGAAACGGGAUUCCUGAUGAGCAGAUCAUUGUGAUGAUGUAUGAUGACAUCGCCAACUCUGAAGACAAUCCCACCCCAGGUAUCGUGAUCAAUAGGCCCAACGGCACAGACGUGUACAAGGGCGUCCCUAAGGACUACACAGGCGAGGAUGUUACCCCUAAAAAUUUCUUGGCUGUGCUGAGAGGUGAUACAGAAGCAGUGAAGGGCGUCGGAUCUGGAAAAGUCCUGAAGAGCGGCCCUCGGGACCAUGUAUUCAUUUACUUCACGGACCAUGGAUCCACUGGAGUUCUGCUCUUUCCUAAUGAAUACCUGUACGUCAAGGACCUGAAUGACACCAUCUACUACAUGUACAAACACCACAUGUACCGAAAGAUGGUGUUCUACAUCGAGGCCUGUGAAUCUGGCUCCAUGAUGAACCACCUUCCAGAUGACAUCAAUGUUUAUGCCACAACGGCUGCCAACCCCAGGGAGUCAUCCUAUGCCUGCUAUUAUGACGAGAAGCGGUCCACGUACCUGGGGGACUGGUACAGUGUCAACUGGAUGGAGGACUCAGAUGUGGAGGAUCUGACCACAGAGACACUCCACAAGCAGUACCGCCUGGUGAAGACCCACACCAACACCAGCCAUGUCAUGCAGUAUGGAAACAAGUCCAUCUCUGGAAUGAAAGUGAUGCAGUUCCAGGGAAUGAAGCACAAAGCCAGUUCUCCCAUCUCUCUGCCUCCGGUCACACGCCUCGAUCUCACCCCUAGUCCUGACGUGCCCCUUGCAAUCAUGAAAAGGAGACUGAUGAGCACAAAUGACGUGCAGGAGUCCUUGAAGCUCCUUGAGGAGAUCCAGAGGCACCUGGAUGCCAGGCACCUCGUCGAGGAGUCGGUACACAGGAUGGUCUCCUUGUUGGCGGCGUCCGAGGCUGAGGCAGAGAGGCUUCUGUCAGAGAGAGCCCCGCUCACAGGGCAUGGCUGCUACCCCGAGGCCCUGGAGUACUUCCGCACACACUGCUUUAACUGGCUCACGAGCACGUUUGAGCAUGCACUGAGGUACCUGUACGUUCUGGUCAAUCUUUGCGAGAAGUCAUAUCCGCUCCACAGGAUAAAGUCGUCCAUGAAUGAUGUAUGUGUGGGUCGCCGCUGAAGGGCUCCUUCUGGAUGCUUCUCCCAGUGUGUAUGCCAUUCCUGAAUGUGCUGAUCAGAGACGGAAGAGGUGGCAGAGGGGAGCCCGCUCUGGCUUUCCUGAGACAGCCCCUCAGGGCUCCCUUGGGCCUCUUUCCUGGACGAUGUGCUGGCCUCACCCCCUCCCCAUCUUCUCUGAGAAGCUGCAGAUGUGGGAGGGGGGAGCUCUGUGUUAAGAGAUUAUAUUUGCUUUCUGGGAGGGUUUUGCCCAUGAGCUUUGAAGAGCAGAAAGUUCGUGGGGGCUUCUGAAUCCCCUCUUGAAAAGCUUUUGUGAUCAGAAAUUCAAAACUGAAACCUUUUUAAAUCUUCAGAAUGAUUCUGUUGAAGAGGCCAUGGGCCCAAAUGGAAAAUUAUUUCUACAAAAUAUGAGUUUUGAUUGCUUUUGUAUUCUAUUCUGCAGUAGUGUUUAAUAAAAGUAAAGAUGUCUGACUGGA